AUGGACACUUCGUUAGAAGGUGCACUGCCAGUGGCCUUCAAAAAAGCCCUUAACAAGCUUCACGUCGUCCCGCUCGCCAACGUUGACGUGGUGCUGGUCAUCGCGUACUACAGGUCCGGGUCUUCGCUUGUUGGCGAGCUCCUGUCAUCGGGACCCAGGACGUUCUUCCACUUCGAGCCGCUGCACAUCUUCUCCAUAGAUGACCGCAUUCGUCCAGGCAGGGAGCGGCACGCUUUCCAACUUCUCGACGAGCUCGUCCGGUGCCGAAUGCAGAACGUGCCACUCUACACCGCCUGGCUGGAGAGCCGAGAGUACUACGUGCACAACUCGUUUUUAGUCAAGGCUUGUGGAACCGGACCGUCGUGCACGUCUCCAAGUCACGUGGCGGCGCUGUGUUCUCGAGCUGAAACGCAAGUUUUCAAGUUCACCAGGCUCCACAUGGCUCAGGUAGCGACUUGGAUCAAGCGGAACACGGACAUCGCCCGUAACAUAAGAGUAGUGCACCUAGUUCGAGAUCCGCGCGGAAUCUACGCCUCGCGCAUGGCACUGGACUGGUGUGCGAACCGCGAAGAGUGUCGAAGCCCCGAAGUUCUCUGCAGCCACAUGCGCAAAGACAUCGAUGACUUCAGAAAUCUCACUGACAAGCUCUCGUCCAGUCACACUGUCACGGUCCGUUUUGAAGAUUUAGCGGGCAACCCUUACCUAGAGGCUGCGCGGCUUUUCUCCCACCUCGGACUUAAGUCACAGAUGUGA